CAGUCGGUUGGAGUUCAGGCUGGCACUCACACUAUGCUGUAGACCUGUUACAACCCUGAUUUGUGCGAUUUGUCCCCAAAGACUGUUUUUUUUUCUAAUUGAAUUUUAAUCUGAAGCAAGUGGAGCAUGUCUGACCACAGUGAGCAGGACUCCUACACGGAGGAGAUCGACGAGGAUGAAAUUCUGGCAGGCCUUUCAGCCGAAGAGCUCAAGGAACUCCAGAGUGAGAUGGACGUGAUCGCCCCUGACGAGAGAGUGCCCGUGGGCAUGAGACAAAAAGACGCUUCGCAUAAAUCUGUGGCUAAAGAAAACUCAGAAUCUGAGGAAGAGGAGGAGAUUGAUGAAGAUGAAAUUCUGGCGGGUCUCUCUGCCGAGGAGCUCAAGCAGCUGCAGAGCGAGAUGGACGUGAUCGCCCCUGACGAGAGAGUGCCGGUGGGGAUGAGACAGAAGGACCAGACAGAUAAACCUCCCACUGGUUCGUUUGACCACAGAUCACUGGUGGACUACUUGUACUGGGAGAGAGAGUCUAAACGUAUGUUAGAAGAGGAGCGAGUUCCUGCCACUCUGCUACCAAGUCAGAAAAAGGUGGAAGAGGAAAUAAAAUCUGAAGAAAAGGAAGGCACUGAAGGUAAUGGUGAAAAGGUAGAAUACGUUUAUGAGGAGAUUGUGGAGGAGGUUGAGGGAGGAGAGGGUGACGAGGAGGUGAUCGAGGAAGUGAUUGAGGAGGUAAUAGAGGAAGAAGUGGUGGAGGUGGAAGACAAAAACAAAGAGGAAGAACGAAGCGUACAACUUGUUAAAGCAAAAACUGAGAAAAACACUGCUGCAUCCGUCACUUCUCAAGAAAUCGCACAACCUCCUCCAGAGCUUCCCGAUUCAAGGAAGGAAGGAGAAGCUCCCAGAUCAGAGCAGAAUCAGGAAGAAUCAAAGAUUACCAACGGUACACAACCUGUACAAGUCCGCUCUGAAGAGGUUCAGUCAGCCUAUGAGAACUGGGUCCCUGAGAAAGAGGAGAGAGUCAUAUCGAAGCUGAAGAUCCCCAAGCUGGCACUCGGCGAUGGGAUGAUCAAAAAGACGGCGAGACCCUCUGGGAACGAGACCAAUCUGGACAGCACUCUUCACAAGCUUCGCAAAAACAACCCAUCCGUGACUGAGGUCAACCUCAACAACAUCGAGAACAUUCCCAAAGAGAUGCUCCUGGAAUACGUAGACGCUCUGAAGAAGAACAAGUACGUGAAGACCUUCAGCAUUGCCAACACUGGAGCUGACGAAAACGUGGCCUUCUCUCUGGCCAACAUGCUGCGCGAGAACAAAAGCAUCACCACACUAAACAUCGAGUCCAACUUCAUCACCGGGAAGGGAAUCAUCGCAAUCGUGCGCUGUCUACAGUUUAAUGAAACUCUGACCGAACUUCGCUUCCACAAUCAGAGGCAUAUGCUGGGCCACCACGCCGAGAUGGAGGUGUCGCGUCUCCUCAAAGCCAACAACACGCUCUUGAAGAUGGGCUACCACUUCGAGUUGCCUGGACCUCGAAUGGUCGUGACCAACUUGCUCACCAGGAACCUGGAUCGCCAGCGACAGCAGAGGAAAGAAGAUCAAAAGCAGCAGCAAAUGAAGGAACAGAGGCAGAUCAUGGAGAUGUACGAGAGCAGUCUGAACCUGCCUCCUGGUCUUCUAGAGAUGUUAGGAGGCUGUGUUCCUGAGAUGGCACUUCUGCAGGCCAUGCAAGAGGCGUCCAAUGCCCCUCAAGGUUCGCCAGAGCGUUCCCCUGCACGUUCUCCAGCACGUUCCCCAGCAUCAAGCCCGUCUCCACAGCUACGCAAGAUACACCACCCACAGGAGCAACCUACCGCUACCUCAAACUCAAACUCGGGUUCGAGCAGUCUGCUGAGGGACGUUCAUCUUAAGAAGACCCCAAAACGGCGAGACCCUUUCCUGGAGCUGAACCAGAAAGAGGACAGAAGGACAGAGGUAAGGUCUAACGUUCAUCUCCGCAGUACUCCUAGACAGAGGAGCACCACGAGCGACGAGCCAGCGGACGAACGGGCCAACCUCAAAGACCUCAUAAAGACUCUGAAACCGGUUCCUCGAAGGAGGCAGCCUCCGAAAGUGGAUCUGACACCACGUGAUAUGCUCCUGAGCGAAAUUCGACAGAGCAAUGUGGCCUAUCUGAAAUCGGUUCCUCUCCCCAAAGUUCUGGAGUCGAGCGAAACCAGUCUUUUCUGAGGAGAGCAAGCUUUUAUUGGACCCCAUAAAACACAUAAAUCUCCAGCUGUUUGAAGAUUCAGAGUUCUGACAAACACACAGAGACCAGAGUGGACGUUCUCAACUACCAGUGGCUACCCUACAACACUAAUUACACCACGUCUCACUAUUAAAUGACAGGUGUUGGAAUGAGUAUAUGUAGACUAUCUCAGUUCUUUAAUUAAGCAAUAAUACACUAAAGGAUUGGCUAUAACGAGUAAUAUUAGCACUGAGUAUAGAGUAGAGCAGCACAGCUGUGCAAGUAUUACAUGUUAUAGCACAAACCUCGAGAGUAUUAUUGCGAUUAUAUCACAGUUCCAUUAUCACUGUUUAUUGAAAUAUGUUGAGUUAAAGAGGAUGAGAAAAUACGAUCUGUUUGGUUAUAAAAACAGUUCCUUUGCUGCUCUGUUUGUAGCUGCGCUGUUUGGCUUGUAAGCGCUGCAGCGUUGCUAGGUUACCUGUAUUUGGCGAAGUAAUACAUGGAGAGCUUCGAUUACAGUGCAUUACCAGCUGACAAUGUCACUCAUAAAACGCCUCUCAGCCAGUCACAUUACAGGGUAAAAACUAACUGUGGUAUAAUAGUCUUUAAUCGAAUAUCCGUGGACAAGCAUGCUUUAAAGCACAUAACAGAAAUAUAAUUUCUAUCAGGGUUAUCUAAUCAUUUUAAUUAAUGUAUCAGUAUAAGCUUUCCCCACACUUUUUAUUUACUUAAUUUCUUCAAAAUUAUAUCAUAUUAUAUAUAUUAAUUUUUAAACACCAACUUGUGCUUCUGUACUGUACUGUGUUUUUGAAACGUUGAAAUGAAUGUAUUUUUUUACCCUUAUUAUCCUUUUACACAGGAAUACUUCCUGAAAUUGACUUUGUAUUCUGCAUUUCGAGCACAGAGAAGAGAUAUACUGCAUGUUUAAAACUGGGCUAGUCCAAGGUUAACCUAGUUAAACAGUCAUUAUGAGAAACCACCAUAUUUACAUUAUUUAUAUACAUGUAUUUUAUAUCUAAAAUAUGAAUAAAGAAAUGUUGCCUUUGUGAUUUUC